UCGCACAAGUUUCUUCAGCCCUGCGUGAGUUCCUCCUUCCAAUUCCAAACAUGGUUGGAAACUCCAACAGGGUCGACAAUUUCCCAGACGGCAAUGACCUUGAGGAUCCCAUGCACUUCUCACGCCCUUUCACGGCGCCUUUGGAAGUCCACAAGGUCUCCGUGCCACCCGAAACCUCCACCUUUCAGUCCCUCAGGCAGAGGCUGUGUGAGUUCUUCUUCCCCGAUGACCCUUUCCACCAGUUCAAGAACAAACCUUUUGUCAGGAAGCUUGUCUUGGCGCUCCAGUACGUCUUUCCGAUCUUCGAGUGGGGGUCGGACUACAGCCUCGGCCUCCUCAAGUCUGAUGCUAUCUCAGGCAUCACCAUUGCAAGCUUGGCCAUCCCACAAGGAAUUAGCUAUGCUAAGCUUGCCAAUUUGCCUCCCAUCAUUGGCCUCUACUCGAGCUUUGUGCCACCAUUGAUUUACUCUGUCCUCGGGAGCUCGAGAGACCUUGCGGUUGGCCCGGUAUCGAUUGCAUCUUUAGUGAUGGGAUCCAUGUUGAGGGAGGUGGUCUCCCCUGAUAAGGAACCUAUCUUAUUUCUUCAACUAGCCUUCACCGCAACCUUCUUUGCUGGUGUCUUCCAAUUUAGCCUGGGGCUCUUCAGGUUGGGAUUCAUAGUCGACUUCCUAUCAAAGCCAACACUGACAGGAUUCAUGGGGGGAGCAGCAGUCAUUGUGUCACUUCAGCAGCUCAAGGGAUUGCUUGGAAUAGUUCACUUCACUACAAAGAUGGGAUUCAUUCCGGUCAUGGAGUCUGUGUUUGAGAACAAAGGAGAGUGGGCAUGGCAAACAGUUGUUAUGGGACUCUCAUUCCUUGCUUUCCUGUUGAUUGCAAGACAUAUUAGCAUGAGGAGACCCAAGCUUUUUUGGGUAUCAGCAGCAGCCCCACUGACGUCAGUGAUCCUCUCCACCAUCAUUUCCUUUGUCUUCAAAGCUCCAAACCACGGCAUCAAAACAAUUGGGCAUUUACAGAAGGGGCUGAACCCUCCUUCAGCCAAUUUGUUGGACUUUGAAGGUUCCUACUUGAGUCUUGCAAUUAAAACAGGAAUAGUUACAGGAAUCUUGGCUCUCACAGAAGGAAUAGCUGUGGGAAGGACAUUUGCUUCUCUCAAGAAUUAUCAGAUUGAUGGUAACAAAGAAAUGAUGGCCGUAGGAGCCAUGAACAUGGCCGGAUCCUGUGCUUCUUGUUAUGUUACAACUGGUUCGUUCUCCCGAUCGGCAGUGAACUACAAUGCCGGAUGCAAGACAGCAGCAUCAAACAUUGUCAUGGCAUCUGCAGUGCUCUUCACAAUGCUAUUUCUGAUGCCACUGUUUUACUACACUCCCAAUGUCAUGUUAUCUGCAAUCAUUAUAGCUGCGGUGAUUGGACUAAUCGAUGUCAAUGGUGCCCUGCGGUUGUGGAAGUUGGACAAAUUUGAUUUUCUUGCUUGCAUGAGCGCGUUCUUUGGUGUUCUUCUCGUCUCAGUGCAGAUGGGCCUAGCCAUAGCUGUCGCGGUAUCGUUAUUCAAGAUUUUGAUACAGAUCACUCGACCGAACACAGUUGUCUUGGGGAAUAUCCCAGGAACAAACAGCUACAGGAGUGUGGCACAAUACAGGGAGGCAACAAGGAUGCCAACAUUUCUAAUUCUUGGCAUUGAGUCCCCUAUCUAUUUCACCAACUCGAUGUAUCUGCAAGAAAGGAUCUUGAGAUGGAUUCGCGAAGAGGAAGAAAGGAUCACAAAGUUGAAUGAGAAUUCCCUCAAAUCGAUCAUACUAGACAUGGCUGCUGUAAUGACUGUGGAUACGAGUGGUAUAGAAGCACUUGUGGAGCUGAAGAAGAUACUGGACAAAAGAUCUCUUGAGCUUGUUCUGGUUAAUCCAGUCGGGGAUGUAGCACAGAAGCUAUCUCAAUCAGGAGUUUGGGAUCUUUUCGGGUCCGAUCACAUCUUCGUGACAAUUGGGGAAGCGAUUGCUGCAUCCUCGCACAAGGUCAAUGUAUGAUCUUGGGUUGGGUUGUCUGUGAACAUUAAUCUAACAUAGAAACAAAAGGGAUAGGCAAUAAGACAAGCCAACUGUAUGAUGGCAUCUGCAGCAAGCAGUGGCAAGAUUCUAAAAUAUUGCCUUAUUCAAGCUCUUGUUGUAAGAGAUUUUGAGAUGAAAAAAAAAAUAACAGAGAAAUUUAAAUCUGUUGCCUCAAA